AAGGGUUACAAGAUUCAACGAUGGCUGGCAUUCUGACAAUGACCCAUUGGUUUUGACCUGCUUGUAUGCCUGCCCCCAUCGUUUUGAAGGAAACGCAGGGCGUUCAAUAAGCGACAGUCUCAUACUGAAAGGCGGCAGGGCGGAAAGGUGCCAUCAGCGAGAUAAAAGAAAGUAUAUCCAAGUCUGCUGGCAUACUCAGCUCCUCGUAACCCCUUGUGUUGCUUGACGUGUGGGGGAAGCGUACGGCCACGCUCGAGGGCUCCUAUCUUGCAAAUUCAUGUAAGCAUCAUCUCUCCUCCAGCCAGUCUGGGACUCAGGAUCACGCAACCCUUGUCCUCCGACGGCUCCUGUAUGGUCCCUGGCCGAUGUGCCUGUCGCGUUAAGAGCCGGUAUCGUGGCCCUGGCAAGGGUGGAUGCAUAGAAGCGACGGGGGGUGGAUUUAGAGCCAGAAGUACCGGUAGGUGGGGUAAAGCAGUCUGGAAUGAGAUUCAAUUAAAAGAAGCUGAGAACAGUGCUUCGGUAACAAGACCGAUGCUGUUGCAAUACUCCAGGGCCAUGACGCCCAACUCCACUGCCAUAUCCAACGUUGAAUUUCGAGAUCAACCCUGUGCGUUCCUCGCCUGGCCACAAAGAAGGAACAUUGUCAACAGCAAAUCUUUACGCAAGCCUUGUCGCUUUGCCCGGGAGAGCUUGAAUUCACGCAACUUGCCGAAGAUCGGACGGUGGAAAAAAGAGCCCGGGCGACCCUUAGCCGCAGCCCACCGUCCCCUCACCUCCCCACGUCAUGCAGGAAGAGAAUACCACAUGGCACUGUGUCAACCGGGAAGGGAAGAGAAGAGCCGUUGCUGUCGGCUGGGGAAGAAAGACUCCACCGGUCAUAUGUUGAGCGAGGAUCCAUGAGGCUCGCGUUUCAGAACCCGCUGCCGACUUGCGGCUUGCCGGCGAGCAUCCUCUUGAAGGACCCGAGAAGCUCCUUCUUAUGCAGCUAGACAGUUCGUGCAAAAGAAGGGAAACUAGGGUGGCCACCUCCUUGCAGAGUGACGUGAUAUGCUCUGGGACGUUUCGAACCAGCACAAGUCGUGGUACGGUCGUCGGGUGCGUGUUUGGAGGGUAUAUUACCAUGCCUAUACGUCUUAUAAACGUACGAUAUUAUUAGUACCUCGGCCAUACAGACCGUGUGGUGUCGUGACCUGCAGCUUUGACGGCAAUCGCAGGGAUCACAGCCCUCGAUGGUGGGUACUAUUGGUGUUUAACGUCGGAUAAAUUGGAGAUGACAGCGGAAGUACGAUAUAGACACAAGGAUUAGACUAAGAAUAUAGUUAUAUUGUGAGGGAUCAC